UUUCCCCACUAUUUGAUGCAACAUCUUGCAUCCGGUAGCAGUAAAAGCAGAACUUGACUUCGGUUGAUAGGUAGCGGGUUUUCCCAUCAUCAUGAGUAACAUCACCUCUUGCAUGGAACCUCAGCACCUUACCUCCUCAAUCCUAAAGCCCAUUCUCAUUUUGGAGUUUAUUUUAGGAUUGCCUGGAAACAUCUUUGCUCUGUGGAUUUUUUUCUUUAAAUCUCCAUGGAAAGCAUGUAACGUCUACCUUUUCAGUCUGGUGACAGCUGACUUCCUACUGCUCACUGGCCUACCUUUCCGCAUAGACUACCUGUUUCGUUGGGAAGACUGGAUAUUUGGGGAAUCGUUUUGUCGCUUUAUCCUCUUUAUCAUUUCUGUGAACUUCUCCGCCAGCAAAGCUUUCAUGUGCAUUUUAGCAGUCGACCGCUUCUUCAGAAUACUUCACCCACACCACCCCAUUUGUCGAAUGACUGUAAAGCAAGGAAUAAUGAUAGUUAUUGCUGUUUGGGUGGGAAUUGUCCUGAUUCGCCUUCCAUCUGCUUUGACCCUGGUUCUCCAAUCCCAUAAAAACUCUUCAAAGCUCAUAUGUCAUGAUUUUCUCUUGUGGACAUCACCAUCAUUGGGAAUGAAGGUAUACAACACAGUGCAGCUUAUGGAAGUCCUGAUAGCAUUCAUAUUGGUGCUCUUCUGUUUUGUGAAAGUUUUCUCCCACGUCCGUGGACGCCAGCUUAAAACACACCGCAGGGUGACACGAUCAGUGAGGUUGAUUUUGAUUCUCGUGAUCAUGUUUGUUAUCUGUUUCAUACCUACAGCCAUUUCCGGCUUUUUACUUCAGUGGUUUUCCUGUUCUGCACAUCUCCAGCUAAGUCUCCAUAUCUCUUUAGCCCUAACCUAUAUGAACAGUGCACUGGAUCCAAUCAUUUAUUGCCACUGUAAUGCCUGGUUCAGAGACACUCUAAAAGCCAAAGCCAAUUCCAUUGGCCAAACAAAGUUUCAGCUGAGUGUCAAGACCAGAAAACGUUAACUUGUGAAAUGGUUACAGUUUUUUUACUUGCAAUCAUUUGUCUAUUUUCAUUACCACUAUAACAAGUAUUCUUACAAACGAACUUAAAUGGACACCCCACUUUUUUUUACCAUUUUGGAAUCCAUUCAGCUGAUCUCCGGGUCUGGUGGUAACACUUUAAGCAUAGCUUAGCACAAUCCAUUGAAUCUGAUUAGACCAUUAGCAUUGCGCUUAAAAAAUAACCAAAGAGUUCCGAUAUUUUUCCUAUUUAAAACUUGACUCUUCUGUAGUUACUCAGUGUACUGAGUGUACUAAGACCGACGGAAAAUGAAAAGUUGCGAAAAGUUUCUAGGCAAUAUGGCUAGGAACUCUCAUUCUGGCGUAAUAAUCAAGGACUUUGACUGUAACAUGGCUGCAGCAGGCGUAGUGAUAUUACGCAGCACCUGAACAUAGUCCCCUGCUAUUGAAAGGAACCAAGGGGACUAUUUUUGGACAGUGUGUAAUAUCACUACGCCUGCUGCAGCCAUGUUACAGCAGCAAAGUCCUUGAUUAUUACAAUGUAACUACAAAAGAGUCUUUAAAUAGGAUAAAUAUCAAAACUCUUUGGUGAUGCUAAUGGUCUAAUU